GUGCUGCUCGGGCGGCCCGUGUGGGGACCGCGGUGUGCGGGUGCCGUGCGGGGCUGCUGAGCACGAGAUCUCCCGCGCACCUGUCUCAGCCUGAGAAGUCAGAAGUGCGAGAUCCUCCUGCAGGCCUUUGCCCUGCAUGCAUACAUUCCCACUGGCUGUUCAUCGUACAUCUGUUCUGUACCCGAGAUACGCACCUAGGGACCUCUCUUCUAUCUGUAGCGAUGGCUUCAGGAACAGCCCUGAUUUACGAUGAGGCGAUGACCAGGCAUAAGCUGCUUUGGAACGAUCCUAUUUGUGAUAUUGAAGUGCCAGAAAGACUGUCGGCCUCCUAUGAGCAGCUUCAAUGUUACCAUCUUGUGGAAAGAUGCAUCCCUGUGCCUGCUAGAGAAGGAAGCGAGGAGGAAAUCCUCUUAGUUCACAGUUCACAACACUUGGAGGCUGCAAAAAGCACGCAGACAAUGAAUGAAGAGGAACUGAAAAGAAUCUCUGGAAAUUAUGAUUCUUUUUUCUUUCAUCCGAGCACUUACCACUGUGCCAGACUAGCUGUAGGAGCAGCUUUGCAGCUAGUGGACUCUGUGAUGUCAGGAAAAGCGUGCAAUGGAAUGGCAUUAGUAAGACCUCCAGGUCACCACAGUCAGAGAAAUGCAGCUAAUGGGUUCUGUUUGUUCAACAACGUUGCUAUUGCAGCAGAAUAUGCAAAACUGAAAUAUCGCCUACGGAGAAUCCUAAUUGUUGACUGGGAUGUGCACCACGGGCAAGGAACUCAGUAUAUAUUUGAAGAAGAUCCAAGUGUUUUGUAUUUCUCCUGGCAUCGCUACGAACAUCAGGAAUUCUGGCCAUCGCUCAAAGAAUCUGAUUAUGAUGCUGUGGGUUUGGGAAAAGGAAAAGGUUUUAAUAUAAAUUUACCUUGGAAUAAGGUUGGGAUGGGAAAUUCAGAUUAUCUUGCUGCAUUUUUUCAUGUGUUACUUCCAACGGCUUUUGAGUUUGAUCCUGAACUGGUUCUUGUCUCCUCUGGGUAUGAUUCAGGAAUUGGAGACCCUGAGGGGCAGAUGAAUGCCACUCCUGAAGUCUUUGCCCACCUUACCCAUUUCCUGAUGCAGUUGGCCCAUGGGAAGCUGUGUGUCAUCCUGGAGGGUGGGUACCACCUGAGGUCCUUGUCUGAAUCCGUCUGCAUGACUGUAAGAACUUUGUUAAGAGAUCCUCUGCCUCAGGUAACUGGAGAAAUGGCACCUUGCCUAAGUGCUAUUGAAUCUAUUCAAAAUGUGAGAGCAGCACAUAAACCCUACUGGAAAUGGUUGACGUAUGAAGACACAUCGUUUUUGCACAAUUUGAGCACCAAAUCAGACUUACUAAAGACUGCUGAUACAAAUCCCUGUACAGAUGAUGAAGCUAAGAUAGCUGACAGCAAUGGAACUGACAGAAUAGAAAGAUUUUUGGAGUUGCACAUGAAAAAUAUUGUAUUUCCAAUUCCUCCCAUCAAAACAGCAACAACAGCUGAGUUGAAAGCUUCAGCAGACCCAAACACCUUCCCAGUACACCUUCAUGUUGUGAAGGAAAUGGACAAAAAUGAACUAGAAGCUCUUGUCAGUGAUUUUUAUGCGGACCUUGUGGAAGCAAACAAAACUUUGCUCUCUCUUGGCAGUGCUUUGACCAUCCUAGAUAAAAUACUUAAGAAAGAGGUAUGCAAUGGAAUUGCAGAAUCACCUGCAGCUUCUGCUUCUGUUGCUGUUGCACUGAGACAUUCUCUUCGUUUUGGGUUUCAAAGAGUGCUUUGCAUCUUUGUUGGAGAUAUGGAUAUCAUACCAAGCACAGAAGAUGGAAAAACACUCGUCAUACAUGUUUGCAAGAAAGAACAGACUGGAAAGAGCAGCUCUAAACACUACAUUGUGCUAAACUGGAAAGAGGAUGCUGGCAGGAAUGACUUCUUUUCUGCUGUGCUUGGAUUCAUUCUCCCUGUAGCAUAUAGUUACCAACCCAACUUGAUAAUAAUAGCUGUUGGACCAAACAGGAGCCUUGGAAUAAGUGGGAUUUCUCUUAUUAUUGGUUUGCUACAAGGACUAGCAGAGUCUCGAAUUCUUGCAGUGGUUGAGGACACAGACAUAAAUCUAAUGCAAAGUAUAGCCAAAGCACUUGCAGGUGCUUCUGUGCCAAAUUUUGGAGCUCAUGUGCCUCCUACCCAAGAAAAAGUAAAUCAAAUAAAAAAACUAAGAAACCAGCUUCAGCAGGACUGGAAAAUGCUUCAGUGCUCAGUGAACGAUGGAAUUUAAAGCACUUUAAAACCAUUUUAUGCAGCAGAAGAAAACGUGACACUUUGUUUUGCCUUUCAAGUCACUGGGGAAAAAAAAGUGGUUGAUGUCUAAGCAGAAUAAGAGCCAUUUACAGUUUCCUCUUUUUUUUCAAAUACUUACAAUCCAUGUUUUUGCUAGGGUGCUAUGCUUGUACAUUCUGUGUUGACACUAUGCAGCUGACAUGCGAAACCAAGUCCUCUGUGCUCUGAGGCCUGUGUUAUAUGUGACUGCAAAGUCAGGCUUGCACAGGCACUAGCUUGACUGCGUGAAUGUUUGCAAACUCCAGAAGAUGGGAACGUGAAUGAGCAAUUCUAAUAGCCAAGCAUUUCAGAAUGGCUCAGUGUGACACCUGAGCGCUACCACCAGCUCACUGGGAGUUUGAACUCAACAACAGGUCCUUCAGAUUAAUGAUACAUUUCUAGGACUUAAAGGAUUCACCAAAUAUGGUCUUUCCUUUAAUUCCUGCGACUGAUGAGAGAAUGUUAAUAGCAUCCCAGCAGUGGCAGUGUGUGAUUGAGAUGAAAUCUAAUCUCCUGAACUACACAGAGCCCAAGGAGGAAAGCAUAUAAUACUUUGCAUAGGUAAAGUCACUCAAUAUGUUAUUGAGUAAAACAGUGUAAAGACUAAAAUAACAUUUAUGACGUAUAUAUGUGCUGUGAAUGUUCUGGGGCUAUGGGCUUCAGUCUGCUCUCCUUUCAAAUGCAAGUUUUCUAUAUAAAAAAUAAAAAGCACUGCUAUUAUAUUUUGGUGGUGGCAUCAGGCAAGGCAGCUUGUGAACUCAAAACAAAAUGGACUUCCUGAGGCAACAGCCAUACUGUGCCUUGGUUUUCAGCACUCUCCUUUCUGUGCUCGUUUCCAGGUGUAGGACUCUGUCUCUGUGACUUCAGUAAUGUAACCUGCUUUCAAGCACUUAAAAUUACAUGUAUCCAUUAGGCUGCUUUCCUACUGCCGUUGGUAUUGGGAUCAGCUGCACACACUGAUUAACUAAAUCAGUCUUCAUUGUCCUAUUUUUAGGACUGUUUUUGGAAAAUUCUGUGUCCAGUGUGUUCUCUCCCAGGGAGGAUCCCACUUGUUCUGUUUUGCUGCCCUCUGUAAGCCGUGAGAUGUAGAUUACGUUUAUUAGAACAUGACUAAGAGGGCAAAACUCUAUUUUCAAUAAAAGAACUUUGCAAGUAC